CUAUGCAGCUGGCCGUGCUGACCGUGCUGUACGCUGUGAGUGUGCUGCCUGGCACCCUGGCCCUGCAGCUUCCCCAGAAGGCAGGAGGCAUGAGUGAGCUGCCGUGGGAACAGGCUCAGGACUAUCUGAAAAGAUUUUAUCCAUCUGAUUCAAAAAUAAGGGACCCCAAUAGUUUAGAAGUCAAACUCAAGCAGAUGCAAAAAUUUUUUCGCCUGCCUAUAACUGGAACAUUAAGCUCCCACAUUAUAGAAAUCAUGCGGAAGCCCAGAUGUGGAGUGCCAGAUGUUGCAGAAUAUUCCCUAUUCCCAGAUCGCCCAAAAUGGACUUCCAAAGUGGUCACCUACAGGAUCGUGUCAUAUACUCGAGACUUACCACAUGUCAUAGUGAAUCAAUUAGUGGCAAAGGCCUUCAACGUGUGGAGCAAAGAGAUCCCACUGAGCUUCAAGAGAGUUAGCUGGGGAAUUGCUGAUAUCAUGAUUGGCUUUGCAAGAGGAGCUCACGGGGACCCCGACCCAUUUGAUGGGCCAGGAAACACACUGGCUCAUGCCUUUCCACCUGGGCCAGGCCUGGGAGGAGAUGCUCACUUUGAUGAGGAUGAACGCUGGACUGAUGCUAGCAGUAUAGGAGUUAAUUUCCUGUAUACUGCAACUCAUGAACUUGGCCAUUCCUUGGGUCUGGAUCAUUCAUCUGAUCCUAAUGCUGUGAUGUAUCCAACUUAUGGAGAAGGCAAUUACAAGAAUUUCAAACUUUCACAGGAUGAUAUCAAUGGAAUUCAGAAAUUAUAUGGAAAGAGAAAUGAUUCAAGAAAAAAUUAGAAACUUCAGCGAGAACACACAUUCAUUCAUUGGAUUCUAUAUAGUUGUUCCCAACCAGAAUUAAAGAACACUGUUGCUGCACUCCAUUUACCCCUUGCUGCCUCCAUCCUUGUAUUGUGGUUGGUUUUCGUACAUCUCUCUCCCCCUC